AUGACAUUGCAUCAAUGGCAGUCAUCACCGGUCUCAUCCACCCGGAUGCGCGCUGAGGAAGGUGGUGGAAUCAGAUCAAAUGGGCGGAUGGCUGAGCACGCGAUGGGUGCAGGCAACGUAUCCGAUGCGCGCAUGCUGUCAGCACUUGCUACUGCGGUUGAAGUCAGCUUUGUUCAAGCUUUGCCCAGCAAAGCACACAUCUUGUCCCGUGUGUCUCACAUGUCUGGCCCAUUGCUGAUGGAAGUCAGCUCGCAGCAGUCCCAGAUCAGCUCGCUGCGGUCUCACCUGCAGAAAAUUAUGUUUCACUUGAACAUGACGGAAAGCCAUACGAAGUAG